ACAGCCGCUCUUCAGACCCCUUCCUCCUCAGCCCAUGCUGGUGCUCGGCCCGUGCCCUCUCUCCAGCCUUCUGUAACGCUCCGCUCUGCACUUUGCUCAGAUCCAGCAUCACCAUGGCAGCAGAGUCCAUCAUCCGCAUCCCCCCGUACCACUACAUCCAUGUCCUGGACCAGAACAGCAACGUGUCCCGCGUGGAGGUCGGGCCAAAGACCUACAUCCGACAGGACAAUGAGAGGGUGCUGUUUGCUCCCGUGCGCAUGGUGACUGUGCCCCCACGCCACUACUGCACAGUGGCUAAUCCCGUCUCCCGGGAUACCCAGGGCUUAGUGCUGUUUGACACCACAGGACAAGUGCGCCUUCGCCAUGCUGACCUGGAGAUCCGGCUGGACCAGGAACCCUUCCCCCUCUACCCAGGGGAGAUGCUGGAAAAGAAGAAGAGAAAAGACGGCCCGUUUGGGACAGGCUUUGGUCGCCGCGCUCGGACGGUUCUAACCCGCUGUGACUGACGUAGGAAAGGAUGUGCCAUCCUGGUACAUGUAUGUUACAUGCAUUUGUGUAUGGCACCCCGUCUGCUAAAGAAAGAAAGAAAAGGGUGUGAACAUGCCAGAUGCCUACCAGUGGGGAGGGGAGAGAUGAGAGGCGCUGUCUCCGCCCCGAAGCGUCACCCCGCUGUUAAAAUGGAACCCAGUGCUUGUUCCCAGCCUCUGUGUUUUGAUGCCUUGUCGCUGCAGCGUCCUCACCUGGCUGAAGUGGGUGUCUGAUGACCUAAGGGGCUGUGGGUGACACAGAGAGCCCUGUGGGUGACACAAGUCCCCACGUGACUGCCAACACAAUCUUGAGGCUCCUGAAGCCCAAAGGCCUUGCUCCCGCAUCUCCCCAAAGAUCUCCAGCAGUGAGUUAUGAAAGCCUUUGCUGGACCAGCUAGCAGAGAGGCAGCAAGCCCGCCUGGGAGAAGCACACCAGCCUGUGCCACCAUGAGGUGUCGUUGGGACUGGGUAACAGGCAUCA